AUGAAGGAGGAUGCCGAUGGAAGCAAGGAAUUGUGGCGUCGAAUACUAUUCAACGAACGCUUUGUCGAUGUGUGGUUCACCGUUGGCGGUACGAACAUCCUAAACAGUACCAAUUCAUCAUGCAUUGUUUCACCCGAUCCCGGAGCGCCUGGUGGUCCAACCAGUGCCGCAAACUACCCACAGAAGCCAAUACGGACAGAUGUCGAUGCACACUCGGGAUCAGAUAACAGUCAUCAUACGUCUCGCCGACAAAUUGUGGAUGACCAGAAUGCGGCUGAAUCGCUCACUUUGUCCCAUAACACCGGUGCAGAUCCCGAUUUGACUGGCAGUGAGAUGACGGAUGUCGGUUCUGAUCUGGACGAUUCAUCACCCAACCGUCGGGUAUCAUCAAGUCGUUUAGGCACACAACCCAUCUCCAUUCCGAGCACAGCCGGGAACUCGUCCGACAUGAGAAUGGUGGUAGGUACCUAUCCCCCAGGUGGGACACACGCACAAACAUUACAAGAUAUGCUAUUUGGACCGAACGAGUCCCAACACACGUUGAUAGAUAUGCCACCAUAUUUCGAAGAUCCGUUACGAUCCCAUAACGCUCAAAUACCACAGUUCGGGACCAGGGUGGACACAUACUCACCGCCACCACCACCAUCACCACCACAACCGGGUACAGCAGGGACAGGAAUACCACCCCCGGUUCCACCGCAUCGAGUAUCACCAGCCGUGAAAGGAUCAUUGGAUCAGACCGAUUUGGAUGGCCACGAUCCUCCAUCACUAUUCAUGCAUUGUGAGGUGGACACGAAUGGGAAAAAGAUCGAUAAGAGUACAGGCAAAACUGGGGGCAAUAUGUGCUGGAGAUUUGGUGCGCACAAACUGAUUUUAGCCGCCGCUUCUCCCGUGUUCGAGGCCAUGUUCUUCGGACCGGUGGCCGAAAUGAAUGCACGGAAUGCGCAGACCACGUCGGAAUACCACAUCCCUGAUAUUCAUCCUAAAGUAAGUCAGCAGUUCCCGUGGAUGGUGCUAUUGUAA